UUCACUAGAUUUGCUUUACAACAUGUGAUUUUUAAGAUUCAUAUGUUAAUAUUUAAAUAAAUUUUGAAAUUAAAUCGUUCAUGAGACGUGGUUGUACCCUAAUCAGUGGGAUGUCCUAGCGGAAUAAACUUCUAAUUAUUCAAACUCUUGAAGGAUCUGUGAUUAUGGUCGAUAAUUGGGCGAACAUUCGUUUUUCAUAAAAUGGUUUCGGGUUUCUUGCGUGAUUCUUAAAAUACUGUGAUGUCAUCAAUUUAAUUUAAUUUGCUAUAUCAUCUUCAGUUCGAUGAAAUCACGUCUACAUAGACGGCCAAGAUAACUAGGCUAAAGCUAUUGUGAUAAUAAAUUGAAAAAAAUAUAUAUUAAUAUAGAUAUUCUAUCUAUGUCACACAGCAGUUUUUUCCCUAUGAAUGUGUUGUUAUAAUUUAUCGUAAAAACAAACUAAAUAAUAUAAAUAAAAUGUGUCGGCUUUCCCGACUUUUGUGCACAUUGGAAUUAAUUAGCAACACUGAAACGACGAUGGUGACACCCAUCUAUUAAAUAAAUAAAAUAAAAUAAAAUUUUGGUAUUAUCUAUUUAAUAUACCUAAAAUCAUGGAUUACAAUUUUACAACAUGGCCAAUCUCUCAUCACAGAAUUUCUGUGCUCUACAUCAUCAAUCUUUCUUUAACUAGAACUAUUUUUUUUAAUUAUAUUAGUAUAUAUUUUUCGCAAAAUGUGGUUGAAGCUCCUCGUACCAUUUAAAAGGAAACUAAAUACUUUUUUUUAAUUAUUUUUUCCGAUUGAUAAUACCCGUUAUCGAUUCCUUCUCAAAUACCCAUUUUGUUGAUUACAGUCUCAAAAGUAUCAUCCGUAAUAAAUAUAUAAUAAUACGGGCUAUGUUGCUUACUUUGGUGCUUCGAGGGACAUUUUCAUUUCUGAUUCGAUUCAUUAAAAAAAACUCCAAGCAUACCACUUUUCAUAGCACGCUGGGCGAUUUUGAAUUUACGGACCGAGCCUACGGUCAAUUUCCACGUUCCAGCGCCAAAAUAUCAUGACAAACAGCACAUAAGCGUUGAAUUCAACACUACAAACUAACUCUCAGAUCACUCCAAGGACACCCAGAGGAGUCGUCGAGGAGAUAAUUGAGGGCCCUACUUCGGCCGUCGCGGUACAGGAGUCCGUCAAGCCGCCCAGGAUGGUGCCGUUAUUGUUCCGGAAUAGCCCGCUGUAACAAAACCAGCUUGCCGCAUCGGAAGUCCCACACACCUCCGACCCGUUGCUCUUCCACAACUGUCUCAUAGAAGCACAGCUCCGUAGAACUGCACUUUCAUGCAGAUAUUUUCGAACCCGCCUGCGAGAUUCGAACACCGACACGCACAGUCGAAGGCAACGGGUGUCUUAUCUUUUAGGCCACGACGACUUUAUAGCCCUGCUGUAAUAAUAAUUAAGUCCGCCAAUGUAGAUAAAUACAUGAAGUGUCAUUAAUAAAUAAAUAGCGACUCUACCUUUAGAACCAUAGAUUUUCGAUGACAAAUGUGACGAUUUAUCAACGGUUUGAAAUUAGCAAAGCGGCAAAAUUAGGUGGAUUUUUUGUUUUUUAAUUUCCGCUCUAUUUUCUUUUUGUCGUCUCUGCGAAGACCGUGAAUUUCAAUUCUACAAAACUUUUUAUACAAUCCAAUCGGUUCCACGUCAAUAAGCAAUAAUACUAUUAAUUAUAUUCUCUUUGCAAUAAUUAUUACGUUUUGCAAUCAAAAAGAAUGUAACCUCUUAUUAGUAGUACGUUUGACACAAUGUUAUUUAAUGACUGCGCACAAGUAAUACAAAGACUACUGAAGACUAUAUCUGUAUUAACACGAGCAAAAGAAAAAAUUAUAAAACAUCACAAUUACAUUUAAUUAUCGACACUUAAGUCUAAAUGAUUUUAAUGAAACUAGAACAAUGAAAGUACAGAAGAAACGUUCUGAAGUCUCGGUUUCGACUACCAAAUCAUGUACUCAAGUCAAGGAAGAUAUACCUACAGUUCCAUUGGACCAAAUAACAGUCAAAAUUCUGAAAUUGCGGUCUUUUGAAGAAAUACCUUCUUUAUUUCACAUAAAAGUCGUGUUUUUCGAUCAACUUUUAAUUAACGCCACAAUCGAAGCAAUAGGAGCUAGAGAAACAAUGAUAGAUAAAGUAAUCGCACAAGGGACAUUCAAUUAUGAUCCGUCAGACUAUGAAAAAAUGUGCCUGUUCGCCAAUUAUCCUCUGACUGUGAGUAUUCAAUCCUUAAGAAAUGUGGAAAAUGAUAAAUCUUUCAUUGACCAUUACGCUUCCGGGCAUAGCUUGGAUGAUGUUAAUUUGAAUACAUCAGUUUCUAGUAUAUCGCAUGAGGUCAGUUGUUGCAAUGUGGACAUUCUGCCUAUUUUUGUUGACAAAAAGAACAUUCGCUUCAAGAAGCGAAUGGAACCGAUAAAAGAGCUUCCAUUGCUGGAAAGGAAGAGUUGGGAGACCCUUCCACUCGUCACUAUAGAAAUUUCCGCCACUAGAGAUCAAGAAAAUGUAUUGCAUCACAAAAUACUUAAGCAAGCAAACUUUAUGCAACUCACGUUGAUAGCAUCGCACAAUAUGCCUUUCACAUACGACAACGAACAUUCUUACACUGCGGUAACUAAAAUGCCUAUAAGCAAUGAAUUGAAUUCAAGUAUUUUUACAUUUCAUAAUGGAUACCGAAAACCGAAAAGAUUUAAUUUCUCUAAUUUUAUUCCAAAUUGGGAGAGUCUCAGAGCUGAAGGAAAUUGCUUCUCCAAAACUGACAUCAAGCUUUUUUACAAUUACGCUGAUAUACAAAAUGAAGACGAAGUUAAUUUAACACAUUACCUGAAGAAUCAGUUCAGUGCCCAUACAGUAACCUGGGCUUCUUUUCAUCGCACUCUUUUACUACAAAACCUUCAAGAAUGGUUUUUUAAGCACCUUCGUCAGUACUCUUGGCCUUUUGAAAUACAUAUUUCUAAUGAUCGAGAAAGCUACGACUUUGCCGCUCCAUUAAAUCUUUUCAAACUUCUUUACCCUGGUGAAACUACGGUAGUAUUAGCUGUGCCAUUACAAUGGACCAAUGCUGACCUAAUUUUAGAAAAAUGUGGCUGUGAUGUACUGUUAUCAUCGAAUGAAAAGGUUUUGACUCCAGGCACUGCACAAAAAGCUAACAGGGUCACAGCAGAUGUAAACGCUCAUUCAAGCGCGGAAUUAAUGCAGUCAACUGGUUCCGAUGGUACAAACGCUUUUGUGAUGGUCGAAGUUAAACUUUGGAAACCUUUAAGAAAAAUCGUAAUACUGCCAUCGAUUUCGAAUAAAGAAAUUAACGCAAUGCUUGAAAAAAUGGAAGAGGGUCCCGAUAAACGUGAAUGUGGAGGACGAGGACAAUUGGACAGGAAUUGGCAAUCCACCAUUAUAACUGCAGCUAACUCAUUGCGACGUGUACCUUAUUAUGGGAUGACAGAAAUCUGUGCUUUCAACCGCCAAUUGAGUGAGACAAGAACAAGAGCAGAAAUCGCUACUUCUUUCUGGCAGGAAGCGGCCGUUUAUGUUAACAAUAACUUUGUUGUCAAGGACUAUUUGGCAUCCGCCAUCGAAUUGGAGGAAAUGUUGAUGAUGGCACAUGUAGCACUUCUACGUGUAGCCUGCGACACCUUAGUAGGUGUUGAAAAUCGAUUGGAACUUGAAUCAACAUUGAGAGCGGCCAGGCAAGCUCGUCAAAUGCAAGACCCUGAACAUGCUAUUACAUUGUUUUUACAGGCCGUUUCACAAAAACCGUUAGAUGCGAACCUUUGGCGAGAACUUUCUAUAUCUUUAAUGGAUAUUAACAAGAAUUGGGCAAAUGUUUGUAUUAAUAAAUCUAUUCAGCUGAAUCCCAGGGAUCCCAUUACUCUACUCUGCAAAGGUUCUAUGCUACUGGAGGAAGAUCAUGAACUAGCAGAACCUUUUUUUGAAGCUAUUCUCAGUUUUUAUCCAUAUUGGUCGACUGUUUGGGUUAUAGCUAGUGCCUACUAUAUAAAAAGAGGAUUGUUUGAAGUGUCCGAUAAAAUUAUGGAAAUUGUUAAAAAAAUUUUCGCUGAAGCACUGAAUGAAGAGCCGUAUUUUCCGAGAGCUUGGGAUCGUGAGUUCGGCGACUGGUGGGAUAACACACCUCUCCUACCGGGAAUGAGCCGAUAUUAUGAUGCUGCCGAUUUUUUACUUAGGAUCAGAGCAAUUUCCUUAGCAGAAGUGUGUACAGCUCGAGGAUUGAUCGAAGCAAAAGAGUCUGCAGCAUACUUCCACUUACUAGCACUUUGCUGUCGUUUAAAGGGCAACAUUAUGGAAGCAUUGUGUCAUACCCAACAAGGAAUCGAAAGAUACGGAGAGAUAAAUUACUUGAGAAGCCUUGAAGCGGAAUGCUAUUAUAAACUAGGGAAACGUACAGAUGCAAUUGCAUCAUUCGACAAGGCCGGUUGCUGUAUAGGAGCAUACAGCAUCCUGCUAUCAAUUUCAUGCAAAGAAGCGCAACGUGCUAGGUCUACUUUAAUAGAUUUGGUGCGACGACAACCCAGUGCCUACACGUGGAUGGCACUUGCUGAUGAUUGGAUAACGCGGGCUGCUGUUGGAGAAGGUGGAGAUGGCGGUCAAACUCAAGAGCAAAUCACAGGCAGGGCGUGUGCGACGGCUUGCGUGGUUCAAGCUCUCAAAUGGGACAGAAGAGCUGGCCACGCUUGGGCUCUCCUUGCUAAGCUAGUUGAAUCCAAGACUCAACGCCAACAUUGCAAUAGAAUGGCUGAAAUCUUCAGCUAAUCUGUUUCAUCAUGGCAAUAGUUUGAGCCAGUAACAGUACACAAACGGGCUAGCUGGAAUGGGUGUAUUUGUCUAUGCGUUGAUUUGGCUGACGCAAAAAUUGGCACAACUGCCAAGCCCACCUUUGGAUAUUGAAACCACGCCUUUGCCUGACCGACACUUUAUUCCCCCCCAGCUGCCGGGAUAGAUUAAAAACAUUCAGUUUUUCAAUGUUUUUUCUAUUUAAAUUACAUGGGUAAUUUAAAGAAACACUAAAAUUUUAUUAUUUUUUAUCAUAUUGAACAACGCUAUUGAUACAUUAUUAAUAUGCAACAAUUUACCCUGUUCUCACUUGUGUGUGUGUGGGUGUUGUAAAUGGCUUUUCGAAUUUUUGUCGUAUCGUUAUGAAGGUCACACAUGAUAUAAGCAUAUUUACGUAAAUUAUUUCUUUUUUCUAAGAAUCGAGAAACGGAAUAAUCCCACGAUUCGAAAUGGCCAGUCUUUUAUUAUCCAAACUACAUAGGCGAACACAAGCUGACCAUCAUUUCCUACAAGAUUUUUUUUAUCGCCCUUAAAGGCAAACGAUCAUACUUAUAAACUUUUUAUAUGAGCUAUUUAAUAUUGGCGAUAAGCAGUAACUACUAUUAACUAGUACAUGAAAUGGUGUUUGAGAAUAGAUAACACAAUAACGCCCCCAUGUAAUUUUAUAAAAUGGCAUUUUUCACGUACUUGAACUAUGGUACACAAGUCGCAUGCACAGUGAUGGCACUCUGUCGUCGGCUCAGCUCCGAUUCGUUGUAAAUACAUUCCGAAGCAGCUAUGAUAACUCAGCACCGACCGGUAAGUGAGGCGUCCUAGGUCACGAAUGGCCUUGUUCCCAAGGACCGGGCGAAGAUGCUGGAUCCUGCCUUAUCGUUUCGUCAUGAUUGGGCCUGCCUCACUCAGAUCACACUAAGACAGGUACGGAAUUCUACUUGCCACUAGUAAUCAGCAGUGAGCGCCUCCGCUUCCAGAAUACAGGGUGGCGUUCCCGGUAACACGUUUGCCACCUCAAAGGAGACCGUAAUAGCACGCCACUGCAAUAGCCUCGCCAGACUUACGAUCAGGGUUUGGCCUAUUAUUCCGUUCAUGCCCAUCGAAUAGUCCCAUCCCUAUAUAGAGGUGAGGCAUCGACUGGUUAGGCCUCUAGGUGCUGGCAAGAAGCCAGCCUAAUGCGUCUGUCGUCUGAUUUGCUAAGUGAUCGCGAAAAGUCCAACGACUACGUAGAAUGAGGCCAAGGUACAUAAAUUAUAUCGCGACCUCAUAGCGGACGCCUCCACUAAGAUGCGGGUUUGUAGACCUUAGACCAGCAUCUUGGCUAUUUUACUCUUCGACUGUGUAUUAAAUACAAGGUACCACAAAUAACGCAUACCUCGCGAUUUUUGUACAUUUUUGACGUGUUCCAAUAAAUCUAGUCAUAUCCUACCUACAACCAGCUGCUCAACAGUUUUGAUUUGAUUCGUCCGAUGCAGUAAUGUUAUUCCACGAAAUAAAAAUAAAAUACUACCAAGCGUGGCAUUUGUUUUAUGUUUAUUAGCACUUAUUCGUUUGUACAAUGGCUAUUGUUUUGAAUUUGUUUAGACUAUUACUAUUUUUUGAUGCUAUUAGCAAACGAAACACAGACGUGUGUAGAUAUCGAAGUUGUUUUAGAAUUCGUAUUUGAGAUAUAAAAAAUUUACAUAUUUUUGCUAAUAUCGAUGAUCCACAUGAAUAAUUUCAUUAACAUUCAUUACAAACGAAUAUGUUAGACAUGUAAGUUGGUCUUGUGUUUUAUUUUAUUUUAUUUUUAAUAUGUAGUUGUUUUGAAAAAUUUCAGUCCUUUUUGACACUUAUAAAGGAUAUUAACAGGCGUAUAACAAUAAAUAUGCUCAGAGCAGGUACUGGAUUGCUUAGACUGUUUAUUGUAUUCCACAAGCUAGGCACUACGUUUAAAAAUUCCAUGUUGUCCUUCACCCUGUCUUGGACUGUCAUCGCCAUAAUAUACACCUCUGUCUCUCCUGUCCUCACAGACAGCAGUUAACCAAUGACGAGGUCAGCUCCUGAUGCCAAUUCGUUCUCGGUUUGAGAUCGAAGAAAUAAAUCACUUUGCCGACUCGAGCUGACGCAUCCGACUAGGGUACAUUGUAAGCGAUGGAGGAGUGCAAUUAUAAAAUCCCUACAUACCUUAUGAAGAGGCAGAAUGGAAACAGUCUGAAAUUUAAUAUAACCAACUAAUUUAAUUAAUCUAACCUAGGCAAAAUCUAAUUUACGUCACCAUCGUAGACCCUUCAUGAGUCCGAAUGAAUUCUAAAGUUCUAUUCUAAUUUUCUAACGGUUCACGUAGCGAUUGCACUUCUCACUUUCUCAAAUUUUCUAUUUAUGGUAAACAAACACUCGUUCCACGUGUAACUUCCCUUAGUCAGGACUUUCUCAUGUAUUACCGGUACGGUAAACAUAUAUUUGAGACAAAAAUAAAUACACCCAAAUCUAAAUACCAUUUGUAACAAAGAUCGGGAAUCGGGAAUCCCUGAUCGGGAAUCUAAGCCGACCAUUGAUACACUAGUCAAGGUCACCAAAUGUUGGACUAACGACUAUAUUGUUUAUCGACCACAUUGAUGGUAAUAAAAUCUCUUAGAACUGUAACGCGAUUGAAUCGAAUGACUGUAAAUGUUUAUUACGCAAUUUUGCAUAUUUGCAUAUCUAUAAUGAAGUUAGCUGUUAAUUUACUUUUUUUCGAAGUUUCUCCGCGGGUAGUCUUUUUGUGUACGCUUUGAAAUGGCUGAUGGACAAACUAAAUCAACUACCCAGUCCGCCGGACUACGACGAGGAGACAACGCCUAUUCCCGAUAGACACUACAUGCCGCCUCAAUACCAAGGAUAAUAUGUAACUGAUACCAUGCCUCAUACAUACCAUCAAUACACAGAACAAUAAACAAGGGACAUGAAGAAAAACGUAUUCAGAGUUUGGUAUUGAUUUUUUUUAUAUAAAAAAUGCUCUUAAAUUUUAAUAAAAUCAACUUAUAGCCCUUUGUGUCAAAUUUUUUUUUUUUUUUUAUUGCUUAGAUGGGUAGACGAGCUCACAGCCCACCUGGUGUUAAGUGGUUACUGGAGCCCAUAGACAUCUACAACGUAAAUGCGCCACCCACCUUGAGAUAUAAGUUGUAAGGUCUCAGUAUAGUUACAACGGCUACCCCACCCUUCAAACCGAAACGCAUUACUGCUUCACGGCAAAAAUAGGCGGGGCGGUGGUACCUACCCGUGCGGACUCACAACAAGUCCUACCACCAGUAAUAAAAUAUAGACCAAUAUUAUGUAUAAUUAACUCUCCAUAUAUAAACAUAGCAUAGGAGAAGAGAUAAAUUUCGUUUUAGGGUACUAUCAAUAAUUGUGAAAUAUUGUCGUCGAAAUACGUCGAUGCUGAGGAAGGCAUGUGCUCGAAAGAAAAAAUCCAUUAACAUGGUAAGCUGACGGGGCUCAAACCGGAGUGUUGCUAACACUGGCCCCAGCAA